AUCAAAGUCAUUCACACGUCGGAGUCAAUCCAGAUCACAAUGGAGAUGAACGUUCUACUGAUGCUCCUUCCUUUCCUGACAGGUGUAUUUUCACUGAGACCUAAAACAAUAUACACCAAGACAGGGGAGAUGGUGGUGCUGCGCUGCCCUCAGAAACAUGAUUCUGACACAACUAUCCUGUGGACCAACCAGACGAGACAGGGGAUGGAUGUGACCAGCAUCCUGUCAACACAGUCAGCUGUUUUGAGUCAAAUGGACAUGCUUCUACACGGACACAUCCUUGUGAUACUCAGCGCCUCUUUGAGCCACCAGGGAAAUUACUCAUGUUCAGCGAGGAAUGCCAGCAGAAGGUUCUGGUUCAGCCUGAUUGUGUACGAACCCCAGUCCAGAGAGUAUGAAGAGAGGAAUCGUUAUUCCACAACAUGCUACACACAGGAGUCCUGCACACUGUAUUGUCCUACGGCGAACAUCCCCGCUCAUGAUACUCCUAAUAUCACAGGCAGAGGAAUCACGUGGCACAAGGAGGGCGAGACAGUGUCAACACCACACGACUUCCCGAGUGCAGUGGAAAGAGACGGUGGCAUCUACAAGUGCAUCAGAUCUUUCUUGUACGACGGUCAAAUUUAUAACAUGAGCUUCUCAGUAAUGCUGGAAAUCCAGAAAAGCAAAUAUGGAAAAUCCGAGAUCAUCUCGCCACAUCAAAAUGACGUGUUCCACAUAGACUUAGGAUCAACAUUAGUGAUAGAAUGUAAAGCUGUUGCGUACUCCGACUAUGACGUGGUGUUUUGGCUAAGUGAGAAUUCAUUUGUCGAUACGGAUGAGAGCCUACCCGUUUUCUACAAUUAUUCAAGUACCAAAUAUAUAGAUGAAGUAAAUAUGACAGCCUCGUUAGUCUUCAAAGACGUGUCAGAGGAGGACCUGUUGAAGAAAUACACGUGUAAACUGGAGUCUGACCACCAACAGUCAAGCUUUAUCACCAUCUCUCUGGCUGAAAAACGUACGCCAGCUCAUCUGGUCUCGUUCUUCCCAGUCUUCUGCACUUUGGCCGUCGUUGCUGUUGUUGUGAUCAUGGUGUUGUUACUGGCGUUCCAUGUGAAAAGGUCCAAAUAUUCCAGUUGCAGAGUAUAAAAGCAUCUGUGGA